UGUUCAUUAAAGCCAAGGUUUCUCGAGCUCUCUCCAGUCUCCACGACAUCCAUCACCUUCGCUCUCUUCACAGGCAGCGGCGGCGCUUAACUUUUCCGGCGAUGGACUCUGCAACAUUCGGCAUGGCAUGCUUCAAUAACGCAGUUAUUAAUCCUAAGCCUACAACUAGAUUCCCUCUUCCCUCUUUUACUUUCUUCAAAACCGUUCAGUUGGGGCUCAAUUCUUCUUCUCCUAUGAUGCAUAUUACUGGAAACCCUAGAUCCACGUUUGCAUGCUCGGCUGUUGCUAUUACUCCGUCCCUCACAUCCGACCACCACGCCUCUGCUAUAUCGAAGCUUCACAGCCUUGCAUCCGAAUUCAAUUCCAUAUCUGAGUCAAUUGACCGCGUUAAGCGCCUCCUCCACUACGCGAACCUUCUACCGCAGUUCGACGACUCGCUGAAAGUUCCGGUAAAUCGAGUGAUGGGGUGUACGGCGCAGGUGUGGCUGGGUGUGAGGAUGGACGCGGAUGGAAAGAUGAGGUUCUUAGCUGACAGUGAUUCGGAGAUUACCAAAGGUUUCUGCUCCUGUUUGAUUUCGGUGCUCGAUGGGGCCACACCGGAGGAAGUUUUGGGACUGAAGACGGAAGAUCUGGGGGAUCUGAAUGUUGCUGGUUUGCAUGGAGGGAAAAUUGAUUCGAGGGUGAAUACUUGGCAUAAUGUGUUGAUUAGCAUGCAGAAAAGGACGAAGGCUCUGGUGGCGGCUCGAGAAGGGAAGCCCAUCGGGAACCCUUUUCCGUCUAUGGUGAUCACGGCGGAAGGAAUUGGCGCGAAAGGGAGUUUUGCUGAAGCGCAGGCCAGAUUUUUGUUCCCCGAUGAAGCAAAAGUUGAAGAACUUACGAAAUUGCUGAAGGAAAAGCAAAUUGGUGUUGUUGCACAUUUUUACAUGGAUCCUGAGGUCCAAGGCGUUCUAACUUCUGCACAGAAGCAUUGGCCUCACAUUUAUAUAUCCGAUUCAUUGCUUAUGGCAGACAGUGCUGUUACUAUGGCAAAAGCAGGAUGCAAAUUCAUAGCUGUUUUAGGUGUAGAUUUCAUGUCAGAAAAUGUUCGUGCAAUUCUUGAUCAAGCAGGUUUUCCAGAGGUUGGUGUGUACAGAAUGUCUGAUGAACAGAUUGGGUGUUCAUUGGCUGAAGCUGCAUCCAGUCCUGCUUACAUGGAUUAUCUAUCUGGAGCUUCUACUACUUCUUCACCUUCUUUACAUGUUGUUUACAUAAAUACCUCAUUAGAAACAAAAGCCCAUUCACAUGAACUUGUACCUACCAUUACAUGCACUUCUUCAAACGUUGUGCAAACUAUCUUACAGGCUUUUGCUGAAGUACCAAACUUGAAUGUGUGGUAUGGACCUGAUUCCUACAUGGGUGCAAACAUUGUGGAGUUAUUCAAGCAGAUGACAUUGAUGACUGAUGAAGAAAUAGCCAAGAUACAUCCAGAUCAUACUAGAAACUCAAUCAAGGCGUUGUUGCCUCGACUCCAUUAUUUUCAGGAUGGAACAUGCCUUGUUCAUCACAUGUUUGGUCAUGAAGUUGUGGAAAAGAUCAAUGACAUGUAUUGUGAUGCAUUUCUCACAGCCCAUUUUGAGGUCCCUGGUGAAAUGUUUUCAUUAGCUAUGGAAGCUAAAAGAAGAGGAAUGGGGGUGGUGGGGUCCACCCAAAACAUACUUGAUUUUAUAAAAACAAGAGUACAAGAGGCUCUUGAUAGAAAUGUGGAUGACCACCUUCAGUUUGUACUAGGAACAGAAUCAGGAAUGCUGACCUCCAUUGUUGCAGCAGUUCGUGGACUCUUAGGCUCUCCAGAAUCUUCUUCUUUGAGGGAAGGAAAAGUGAGUGUGGAGAUAGUUUUUCCUGUUUCAUCCGAUUCAAUGACAAGAACUUCUUCACAAAGUUCAUCUGAUUUGGGUGAUUUGUCUGUGAUUCCUGGUGUUGCAAGUGGCGAGGGGUGUUCUCUUCAUGGUGGUUGUGCAUCGUGUCCAUAUAUGAAGAUGAACUCCCUUACGUCACUUGUGAAAGUGUGUAAUGGGCUACCACUUGGAAAAGAAGGUCUUAGAGGGUAUGAAGCUGGGCGAUUUAGCUUACUUACACCCAAAGGGAAAUUAAUUGCAGAUGUAGGUUGUGAACCAAUCCUGCAUAUGAGACAUUAUCAGGCAACAAAAAGACUGCCGGAGAAACUUAUCAAUCAGAUUCUUGGUGGUGGUGCUAAAAAUGGAAAGAGCCCCAUAAUGUAUUGA